ACGUUAUAUGGGAGUUAUAGGGCCCUGACUGUGUUGGUGUUCAUAUGGGACCGGUAGGUUAUUGGCACUAGUGUGAGCAAGACGUAUCUCCGGUGUACUGAAUAGUGGAGAGCAGAUUGCUGUUUGUGACAGUUCAAGAUGCCAAGGCUACCCUUCAGCUGUAUAUGGCAUAUAGAAACGAAUGGGAGAAAUAUGUUCAUGAAAAAUUCACGAAAAAGGAAAAUUCACGAAAAACCAUGCAUCAUAAUGCUCAUUAAUUAUGAUAAAAGCAUGAAACUCCAGUGUUCCUUGGCAAAAAUGUGGCAAGAUUAACUGUGAACGUUGAUUGAAGAUAUAUGUUCAUAAAAUUUCCACUUUUGUGCCAGUUUCAUUAGUUUUUACUUGAUUUUUAUAUGAUGUGUACAUCAUGCAUAAACAUUUCUUAAAUUUAUCGACAUUUGUGAUUCAGUUUUGUUUGUGUAUAAGUUACACAUAUUUUGUAUAUGUGAGUUAAUAGUCCUUAUAUUAUAAUAUUAAAGGUUCAUAUUUUUAUUUAAUCAUGUAAUAUUGAUAAUAUACAGAAAUGUUCCUCA